AUUUAGAAACAUGCCGAUUAUAAGAAGUCGGCAUAGAAUUUAUAUCCAUAGCGAUAAAGUUAUUAUUUGCUAGUUUUAAUUGUUGAUUUGUGUCAUAAUAUGGCAUUAGAAGAUGCGGACGCGUGUCUUCAAACCGACCCGUUUAUGCAAGCCAUCGAUGCUUUAGUGGAACUCAUGGAUGAACUUAGCGAAAAACUAGAUGUGGAUUCAGGCCCUCCAAUUUUAACACCUCAAAAUGAGAUACUUUAUGAAAAGAAAAACGUUCUGGAAAACUUACCACCACCUACGUUAAAUUUGGAAGUAAACCUAGAUUCGUCAUUGCAGCCUGAGAACUUUAAAAAGCUGUAUGUUAGGUUGCUAAAGGAAGAGCUGGUGCCUACAAAGAUCAUUCCUCUACAGCAUUUGGAGGUUAAGUUGAAAAAAGAAAAAAUCAGGCCGAAGGAAUUGGCCGUGAGAUUGACUAGGCUUGGUGACAAGGAACUGUCUUCACUACUAAAAAGGUCACUUACACCUAAGAAGAAGCCUGUCCAACAAAAAAUAAUUUGUAAAAUACCAAAAAAUCUUCUCUCAGAAAAAUCUUGGCACAGGCUUCUUAAACCCAAAAAACCAGCGAAGAUAUGCUUUGUUUGUAAGAAAGAAUUAGAAAAAGACGAAAGUAUAAACUUACACCUGUACCGUUACCAUCCAGUGCAGCUAAAAAUCCGCAUUAGAUGCCCAAAGUGCCCGUUUAAAACUUCUAGUAAAGGAAAAUUUUUAAGGCACAUGAAGCGACGGCACUUGAAUGUUUAUGAUAAUAGACCAUUUUUUUAUUGUAAGUUUUGCAAAUUUAAGUCGAAGCAUCAUGACGUAGUUAAAGAACAUCAACGCAAAAAGAAAUGUAAACAUUAUAAAUGUAAAACUUGUGGUUUUAUUACUACAAACUCAACAACAUUUAAAAAACAUAGUGACGUACACAGUGACCAACAAUUAAGAUGUCCGUACUGCACCUAUAAAGGGAAAAACGUCUUGUGUUUACGGUCGCACAUGAUGGUCCACAAAAAACAAACUUUGCCCUGUAAUAUCUGCGAAAAAUUAAUAGAUAUUCGGUUUAUGGCAACCCACGUAAUAAAGCAUUCCCUAUCAAAAAAAGAUAUGGUGCUCAGGUGCGACAAAUGCGACUAUAGAACCCUGUACACAGCGAAUUAUACCAGACAUUUAAUAACACAUAAAAAAGAAAAAGAAAAAAAGUUUAAGAAGUGUUCCGAUUGCGAUUAUAAAACGACCGAUAGCGGUAAUUUAAAGCGCCACUACUUGUACAAACACAGUCCGGAUUUCAGAUGGAAAUGCGAUUUGUGCGAAUUUGCUACCAACCAUCACAACUCGUGGAACCAUCACAAGUUACGGCACAAGUCGUACGAAGAACGGAAAAAGUUAAAAUGCCCCGAGUGUAGCAACGUGUAUUUGACUCAUAGGGGGUUGCAGAUUCAUAUACUUAAUUACCAUAAAAGGGAGGAUGAGGUGCAGAAUUACACAUGCAAAUAUUGCGGAUAUUCAUCGCGAGAUAAGCAGUGUUACAAGAAUCACGUUAGGGCGAAACAUGAAUCACAUCUGGAAAAUAAUAGAAAAGAGGUAUUCUAUUGCCUCGGCUGUAAAUUCAAAGCGAAGAGCGAGAAUCUUAUGGAAGCCCAUAUCCUCAAGCAUCAAAAGAGGUCAGAGGUGUGCGAAUACGAGAUUCGCGAGAAAUAAGUAUUGUGAUAUUAUUACUCCUGGCGAGUUUGGGAUAAAAAUUUAUAUUUUUUAUAAGGCAAUUGUUAUGUAUAGAAAACUAGAUAUAGAAUGUAUUACAGUUUAGUAAGCUUAGACUUUAUAAUUUCUGUCUACUUUUUAAAUUUAAUUAACUUCUAAAUCAUCCUUAGAUUUACAACAAAAUUAUUGUGACGCAUAAUUAAUUCAAUAAAAAAAAAUAUAAUUUUCUUAUUAA